AUGCUGCCGACUCGCUGCUCCACCCUCUUGGGACACAAUAAGCUCUGGUUCCUGACCUUAGCCGUCCUUGUGGUCCUGGCUCAGACAUCCCCAGAGGGAUGGUUCAGAACCUGCCAUUACGGCAUGGGGAAAUGCAGGCGCAUCUGCAGGGCCAACGAGAAGAAGAAAGAAAGGUGUGGAGAGAACACUUUCUGCUGUCUCGGAGAAACGAAGUCAAAACUAUCCCACAUCCCAACGACCAAAGAACGGAAAAGGGAUGAUCUUGUCAGGAUGGCAAUCAAUAUUAACAGUCACACGUCCCCCGACUAUUUUAGUUGGGCAGCCAUCCUCUCACCCAUGGCAAAAGCUUAUAAACUCAACUCCAAACCUCAGUCCUCCAGAAUGUGA